AUGACACCACGAAUUGGCAAAAACAAAAACACGGUCUCAGUGUCGUUUUAUCACCCCACUUUCUUAUGGAGCUCAUGGGAUUUUGAUAAAGCAAGGGGUCACCUUAUGGCCAUUCAGCGACAAGAUGGAACGGAUGAAGUUUAUCGACGAGGGAUCGUUGUGGCAAGUAACGUACCACGCGAAACUUAUCUUGAGUUUUGCGCCGGAGAACCAAAGGUUUCUGUUAAACACCGGCUCAUUGAUGGGAAAGUCAUAGCUCACGAGAUACCUCUAAAGCCUCAUUCAGUGGUACAAGGAGUAUUAAUUGGUGAGAUGUAUACCUGGAACCGUAGCAAACUCGAUGUUAUGGGCGAAACGGAUAUCACUGUGAACACGAGAGAUGUAUAUCGUCCAGAUGCUUGUAUUCAACCGCAAGAAC